AGGUAUCAACACAGCAAAGGCGGAAGUCUUAGUACAGGAUUACAAUUUAAUGCUAGUGUUUGGGUUGACACACGAGACUGUCCUGAACAAAAACGAUUGACAAUAAUCUACACAUCUGUUGACCAUGGCAGCUCUAAAGUAUGCAGGCAUGGAUGAUACCGACAGUGAGGAUGAGUUACCCCCCGGGUGGGAAGAGAGGUCCACGAAGGAUGGAUGGGUAUACUUUGCCAACCAUGACGAAAUGAAGACCCAGUGGGAACAUCCUAAAACAGGGAAGAAGAAACGUUGUGCUGGAGAUCUACCAUAUGGUUGGGAGCAGGAGACGGAUGAUAAAGGACAGGUGUUCUAUGUUGACCAUAUCAACAAGCGCACCACUUACUUUGACCCGCGGCAGGCCUUCACUGUGGAGGACGUGCUGGUGAAGCCAAAGCGUUACGAUGGCAACACCGCCGCCCUGGAGAUCCUGCAGGGUCGGGACCUCUCAGACAAGGUGGUCCUCAUCACUGGUGGCAACUCUGGCAUCGGCUUUGAGACAGCAAGGUCCUUUGCCCUCCACGGGGCUCAUGUGAUCCUGGCCUGCAGGAACCUUCCCAGGGCCAGCAGGGCUGUGGGCCUCAUCCAGGAGGAGUGGCACAAGGCCCGAGUAGAAGCUAUGAUGCUGGACCUGGCUUCUUUCCGCAGUGUUCGGGAUUUCUCGGAUUCCUUCAAAGCUAAAAACCUGUAAGUUAAUUCCCUCUUCUGUCUCUCUUUCUCAGGGGCGCCGCCAGGAAUUUUGGAAAAUAAAUUGUGAAAAACGUGUAUCAUUUCUAUUAGUUUUUCAAUCUGUUGGGGCCCCUGUCGGUCAGGGGCCCUUAGAAUCGUCAUACCCUCCCCUCUAUACAGCCAACAUGCUCUUUCUCUCCCUCCCGCCUUUAUUUUUUGAGAAAUACACCUGAGAAAGGAAAUAACAAGUACAAAUAUCUGUACUUUCUACUUCUUACAUUUUUAAGCCAGGAUCUUUACAUACACACUUGAAAAUAAUAU